AUGAGCGAAAUGCUUAAUUUUUGUGGAGAAGUGGGCGUCAUGGAGAAGCCCCCGAAGAAGCAGGUUCGCCUGUUCUACUGUGUUGAGUGCGAGGAACUGGCGAGGAAGGUGGCCUCACACUGCGAGUCCAUCCAACUUCAGUCCAUCAAUUGGAGGUCUAUGCCCCGACCCACACUCGAUUCUUAUCUCGUCUCGUUUGAAAUUCUUUUAUUUUAUUUCUUUCACAAGGUUUCAUAUGUCUGCCUCUCUUUGAUUUUUCUCUCGUCGGUGGAUCAUUUACUAGGGUGUGAAUAUUUUUUCAUUUAAUGCCGCUUCUUAACAAUUUGUAUUGAUGGUAUUUUCCUGCAAGCCUCAUAAGUCGUCUCUAAACACGAGCUGCGGUUUUACCAUUUUAGUCCUAUCUGCUUUCCCGUGUUGGUUACUUGGCAAUCCGAUUUUCUAAGAGUCUGGUAAUCUGUCUAGCCUUUCCGAAAGUUUUUCUUUAUUUAUUUCUCAUCUUGUGAAUCUACGACGAAGGGGCCGAAUAAUUUGCUUUUUAUAAGUUGUGAUUACAUCUCUGGGUAGCUGGCAGUGUCUAUCACCUUUGCGUGCUGUAGAGCUCGAUCUUAAUGUGCUAUCAAUCCUUCGUUGUACCAUUGCCCUCCUUCCAGAAGACCACAUUGCAAAAUCUUUUGUAUCCCAUCCUGCUUUGGCUAAUGAUUCGAGUUGUGAUAAAGAGAUUAUUCUGUGUAUUGUCUUUGGAUGAUAUGUGUGUCUAUGGUAGCGUUUUCCCCAAGAGAGCCUAGUUACCAGGCAUAGUUCUUGGGAAUGCCUCUGUAAUCAACAGAAGACUGAAAAUCGAACCAAAAAUUCUUAUGGAGCUCUCUGAAUCAGAGUUUUAACUUCUUAAUGGUAUCACAAACGUCUCACUCUUGGUCACCAGGUUCUCUAGAACGGUUCAUCAGGGGACUAUCUAUUGCAGUGCUCCUCUUCUCGCUAUCUAUCUUUUGGGACUCACUGAUUUCAUUGUUAAACCUGGUGAUAGACUUGUAAACUGGCAAGAAAUAAAACAGCACUGGGCCUUGAAAUUGGUGAAUAUGUAUAUGCGUACUCAUGAACAUGAUGCGGUUCCAAACAGGCAGAUUUGGUCGAUCAGAUCCCAACCCUAACCGGGUCACCAUCAGGUAUUGAUUCUCUUUGGCAUUCCUUGCUCCGCUGAUAAUGUCUAUCGUUUUUCAAGUAGCUGAUGCUAGUUGUCGUAUGCUCUUAGGCAAUUUCCUUUGUGGAAAAGUUUGAAUCACAGUUUUUUUUCCAGUUGCAGCUGUCGAGUUAUGGAUGCUGUAUGAAAUGUUAUUAGUUUUCAGAAUAUUCCUUUGCAGUCAUGUUAGAGGCGAAGGCUAUAUCAUUGAUAGCUUUGAAAUGAUGGAUUGAAUGAGAGGACUGACUGUUUUUUUACUUAUCUCAGAAACUUUGAUGAUGGAUUCCCUAAUCUCUACAUCAAUGAUGCACAUGAUAUCAGAGGCCAGCAUGUUGCUUUCUUGGCAUCUUUUAGCUCACCUGGAGUGAUUUUUGAACAACUGUCGGUGAUAUAUGCUCUGCCACGGCUAUUUGUUGCCUCAUUCACAUUGGUUUUACCAUUCUUCCCCACUGGUUCUUUUGAGCGCAUGGAAGAAGAAGGGGAUGUUGCCACUGCAUUCACUUUGGCAAGGAUGUUGUCAGUCAUACCCAUAUCUAGGGGCGGUCCUACCAGCUUGGUCAUCUAUGAUAUUCACGCCCUGCAGGUCAGUUUUAUUCCUGAAUGCAGUGAAGUUCUGGUUCGUUCGGCAUAUUGCUAAUUUCAUUUUGAGCGUGUGAUUCCUUUUUGGUACUUCAGUCCUUGCCUCACAUGCUUUGCAUAGAAACUUGGUGGUAAGUGCAGGAGCUGCUGCUACUGCUUAAUUUUUUGUCUUACCCGUGCCUGAAACAGUGGAUGAAGUUCAGUACUGUUGUUGUCCGGCACCUCUUCCCAAUCUUCUUCUUUGGUUCAUCUUUUGGGGUACCCUUUACCUAUGAAAGGAAUUGCUGAACGCUGGAGUGUCUGAGAACCAGGUUUAUGCAUCUAGUGUUAUGGUAGCAGAAUAAGAUGAACAGCAGAUUAAAGUCUUAUGUCUAGACAGAAAAUGCAUUCUACCAAGUGGGAGGAAACUUUGGCAAGUAUGGAACUAUCAAUGCCAGGGGAGGAUAUUCUAUUAAGGGUUGCAAUGUGAAGGUCUUGACUAGAAGCUCCUUGGUUCUUUGGACAACUGUUGGAAGAUAUGAACUACGGGUGCAAUAAAUUUUGUAUCUUGGCCUUGACGGGAUUAAUACUAUUGAUGUUUUUUACCCUGGGUUGGGAAAGGAUGCUCUUCACUGAUCUUAAUAUUACCCUCCGACUCCUUGGAAUUACCCGGUGUUUCACCCGUAGACACAUUCAUGAAAUUAAAGUGCCCAGAAAGUCAGUGUGGAACAAUGCCAUCCAUCGAUCUGGAAAAAACGUGGGGUCGAGCGAAGCAUUCUCUGUAUUUUGAUUACCUCUAGUUGGAAAGCGAUGAUGAAUAGCUUUGGAAAUAUCCUCUUCCGUCUUUGCAAAGGUUUAUCAAUGAUAUUUCCAUGUCAUAAGCUUAUCUGCUUAUCAAUUACUUGUAUAUUUCUUCCUCAGGAAAGGUUUUAUUUUGGUGAUCAUGUCUUGCCUUGCUUUGAAACUGGAGUCCCGUUGCUGAAAGAACGCCUUCAGCUGCUCCCUGAUGCGAACAAUGUAUGUUCUUGCUAACCUCCGAUGGUCUCCCUUGAUCUUCCUGUGCAUGCUUCUUCUAGUGUAGUUAAUUUAUUUGGUCCUAGAGCCUGUUCAUGGACUGUGAUGCCUUCAUGAGAUGACUUGGGUAGAUCCAUGGAUUAGAAAUGACGAUCUUCAGGGAGUUUUGGGUUCAGUUCGUCGUCCACUUCCUCUUUCCUGGACUCAUUCGUCAUGAAUCUUCCAGAUAACCAUCGCUUUCCCCGAUGAUGGAGCCUGGAAGCGGUUCUACAAGCUGUUUACUAAUUUUCCGAUGGUGAGAUGGCGCUCAAACUCGCAAGAAUACUAUCUUCCCUCAUGCCUGUCUGUUUUGUCUAUAAACCCUGGAGCAUCCGUCGCAGAUUGUCUGCACCAAGGUUCGGGAGGGGGAUAAGAGGAUAGUUCGACUCAAGGAGGGCGCCGCCGAAGGUCGGCAUGUUGUCAUCGUUGAUGAUCUGGUGCAGUCGGGAGGAACGCUCAUCGAAUGUCAGGUAUGUGCUUCGCCCGGCGCCUGCAUUAUUUCCUCAGAGGCUCCCAUGCUCAAGUGCUCCUGCUAUGAGAUGCUCGGAUAAUCCCGAAUGAAAACUGAAUUUCCAUCCAACUGUGAAAAAAAAAGGUUCUGACCCGCGUUAUCAUCUCCCCCAUUACGGGUGCUUCCACCGCUCGUUCACUGUGGUUGGCGCUCCGCGUGUGUGUGUAUGUCUCUCUCUCUUGUUCUUCAGAAAGUUCUGGCUGAUCACGGUGCCGCCAAGGUCAGCGCUUACGUCACUCAUGCCGUAUUCCCCAAGAAGUCAUGGGAGCGUUUCGCCCACAAAAACACAGGCGAGGAGACUACGCCCCUCCCCCCUCCUUCUCUUGUCCCCAUAUCAUUAUGAUAGAGCUGCAGAUACUUGGGCAUUCCGAUGACACGGUGGGCUGGCUCCUUGCAGAGGAUCAUCCAUUCGCCUUCUUCUGGAUCACAGAUUCGUGCCCACAUACGGUCAAAGCCAUCGCAAACAGGGCUCCCUUUGAGGUCCUCACCCUGGCGGGAUCCAUCGCGGUAGCCCUUCAGAUCUGA